AUGUUCCCCUCGCUCUCCUUCCGCCUGCCCUUCUUCCGCGGCGGCGGCGGGACCUCGAGCUCGAGCUCGGGCCAAAGAAUCGAACUCCCCUCGGUCGCGCUCCACGCCAUCGAGACCGAGGCCGCGCCGCGCGGCCGCACGCUGAAGCACCUCCUCAAAGCGAACCACGCGACUUACAGCGUUAUUUACCAUGAGUUACGGUUCCAUAACCACAUGCCGCAUUUGCUCGGGUCUGCGUACGUGCUGGGCGGCACGAAGGAGCAUCUGAACGAGGUGUAUGACAAAGAGGCCGGGCAGCUGGAGCCGUGGGUGGACAGUCCUGGGGAGGUGAGUGGGGAGGAUUGGCGGGAGUUUUUGGGGGCCCGGGUGUACCAGCGCGCGUUUGUGGAUUUCUUCGAGGACCAGCUCGUGCUGAAGCGGUAUGACUGGAAAGCGCUGCUAGGGGAGUAUAUGUUUGGGGGGGAGGAGCCGUUGGUUAAUGGGUUGGUUUCUGGACUUGGUCACCCCCUCAUCCACCUCGGCUACGCCUACGAGCUCAAUUCGAGCACGCUUGCUAUCGAAGCCCUGGCUUUGGCAGCUUGCUUCUACUCCCCCGUCCAUAAAUACCUCGACGACCCUGCCUAUACGCGUCCGGCGCCGUUCGGCUCCACCUCCCCGCUCGAACUUAUACAAAGGCUAUCCGCAGACACGCGCUUCGACGGGCUCUUCGACCACGGCGGCGCAGAUAACAUUGACAAACUCUUCGCCGAGCACGAAGACUUGGUGCUGGAAUACUGGAACGCGUGGGAGCUGUCGGACCCGCGGCAGCAGUUCGAGGAUAGCCAGCAGGCUGCUGUUGCACUGCUAGUCGCGACGCAGGAGGUUGGCAAAGAGGAAUUUGACUUCUUUGCCGUGCAUCUGCUCACGACGAGCCAUGCGGUGAGGAUACUGCUGCCAUUGGUGCCGGCGAGGUGGCAUGUCAGUUUGGUGAGGCAGUGGUGGUUAUUUACACUGUCGGUGUAUAUUGCACAGCUGAGGCCGAAGGUGGAGCUGGAGCGGAUUACGGGGUACGAGCUCGAGGGGAGGGGGUGGAAGUUUGUGGUGGACAAGGCGUUGAAGUCGGAGCAUGCGCUAGAUGCGCAUUUUGUCAAAGGCCUCCGCGCCAUGAAAGUCGCGUCCGAAACCUGGGGCGACGCGCACGACUUCUACCUCAAAGCGGCGGUGCGGUUUGCGGACAGCUUCACCGACUGGGGUGGUUUCGCCGUGACGGAUGCGGACGGCGAUGAUGUCAGAUACCAUUAUUAA